UGACAACAAAAUCGCCCCUGUCUGCCUUCCAACUGCUGGUGAAAUGUAUGAUAGUGUGGAUGCCACAAUCACAGGAUGGGGAGCUCAACAGGAGGGAGGAUCCACAUCGGGCACCUUGUUCGAGGUAACAGUGCCCACCAUGACAAACACCGAAUGCAAUACCAAGUACGGAGGACGCAUCACUGACAACAUGAUCUGCGCAGGCAUUCCUGAGGGAGGCAAGGACUCCUGCCAGGGAGACUCUGGUGGACCAAUGGUGGUGGAAGAAAACGGCAAGUGGAAGCUGGUGGGAGUUGUGUCGUGGGGUUAUGGCUGUGCUCGACCUGAUAGGCCCGGAGUCUAUGCCAGAGUUACACAAUAUUUGCAAUGGAUUUCUGACUCAACAACCGGAGUCUGUGUCGAUGGGAACACACCUGCUCCUACAAAUGCCCCGACGACUGCCCCUACAACUGCCCCGACGCCUGCCCCUACUACUGCACCCACGCCUGCCCCAACUUCUGAUCCUAAUACUGAUUGCCCUGGAUGUGGACAAGUCAACCGUGCCAACCGCAUUGUUGGUGGAGUAGAGACGGAGGUGAACGAAUAUCCCUGGAUGGUUUCUCUUGUCGACGGCAGUGGAUACUAUCACUUCUGUGGCGGUUCUAUCAUCUCCAGCCAAUGGGUCGUCACUGCAGCUCACUGUGCAGUUGGCAUGACCACCUCGGAUUAUGUGCUGGUGGGAGACCACAACCUGUACUCCGCAAGCGAAGCCAAUUCUCAGUGGAUGCAGAUUGCUGAAAUUGUGAAUCAUCCGUCCUAUGAUUCCAACACACUGGACAACGACAUUGCCCUCAUCAGACUCAAGACAGAGAUCCAGUUCCCAUCUGACAACAAAAUCGCCCCUGUCUGCCUUCCAACUGCUGGUGAAAUGUAUGAUAGUGUGGAUGCCACAAUCACAGGAUGGGGAGCUCAACAGGAGGGAGGAUCCACAUCGGGCACCUUGUUCGAAGUAACAGUGCCCACCAUGACAAACACCGAAUGCAAUACCAAGUACGGAGGACGCAUCACUGACAACAUGAUCUGCGCAGGCAUUCCUGAGGGAGGCAAGGACUCCUGCCAGGGAGACUCCGGUGGACCAAUGGUGGUGGAAGAAAACGGCAAGUGGAAGCUGGUGGGAGUUGUGUCGUGGGGUUAUGGCUGUGCUCGACCUGAUAGGCCCGGAGUCUACGCCAGAGUUACACAAUACCUUGACUGGAUUUCGACCUCGACCGGAGGUGUCUGCCCAACCGCUGGUUAAGCCAUCCAUCGAUAAGACUAUCAGAAGCCUAAGCCGGGGC